AUGUUAGCAACAACAGCACCAAACUCUUUAGUCAUGAAUCCUACGUCAAUGUUAGUAGAGAUGAAAAGCUUCAUUCCUUCUUCAUAUACUUUCGAAACAAAAAUCCAGAAGAUAAAGCAAGAACUUUUAACAAGUAAUUUAGACUGUAGUGCGAAAGAUGAAACAAAUGAACAGUAUCUUUAUGAAAUGCAGGACAUUAUUGACCAUUUACCCAAAUUGCCUGAAAUCCAACAACAAAAACUAACUAUUCCUGAAUUCGACGAAAUAGAAGUCAAAGCAACUGACUCAGUAGAAAUAAAGAAGUUCAUACGAAAGGUUAACUAUGAGUUUCUUGGAUUUCAUUGCAACCACAAAGUCAUGGACAAAGAUUGCGAUAUGGUAUAUAAGAACAUCUCUGACAUAUACAAAUCUGGGGAGUUUAAGACCUACGACAACUUUGUUUCGUUAGUUGCAAAAUGUGUUUGGGAAAUAAGAGAUAAAGAUAGUAGGGGUAAGGUAUGGAACGAACAAAUAAAACCCGCAACUUUUGAGUUAAAGAGAGCAAUUGACGCCUUAGUCAUACUAGCAG